UGAAUUCAAUCCAUGCUUCAACCCGCAUUCAUAUUCUGUUGAUAAAUGAGAUGCACACACUGUAAGAUUUCUGACAAAUACAAAAAUGACAAAAUUAUGGAUUUUAAUUUUGAUCUUCAGCACCAUGUAUCCAGUCCAACCUGGUAGACGCUGGGUUACUGCACAAUCCCUCACAAAGUCACCAGUUUAUCAGCCUGAUAAAGAGCUCAGUGUGGAUAUUGGAAGCUCAGCUACUCUCCGGUGUUGUAUUUCUAAAAAUGAAGUUGGGAUAAUCGCCUGGUUUAAACAACCAAACAGACAAAAACCCCGGAUUAUGGUCAAGAUAUAUAAAAGUACUGGAGAAACAUUUUAUGAUGGAUUCCAAAAAUCUGAUUAUAAAAUUGAAAGAUUUUCAGACUGUUUCAAUAUGACCAUUUUAAAAACCACUCAGUCUGAUGAAGCCAUGUACUACUGUGCCCUGAUGGAAAUUAACCCUGUGUUUGCAGAUGGAACUUAUUUAAAAAUUAAAGAUGUGCAUACUACUACUGCAUCAGAAACAUCUGUACCAGAUCUGUGUGAUAAUUCAAUCGUGUUUAAACCAACACUGCAUGGAAACAGCACUAACAUGAAAACAGUGCUGGGUUUGGGGACGGCUUUAGGUGUGUGUGCACUUCUGAUAUUCUGUCUCAUUUAUUUCGCACUAAGAAGAAAAAAUAUAGAAAACUCCAGAGUAAAUGCUUAUGUAAAACAUCCAGGGACGAGGCAGGAAUCUGAGAGUGAAACACUAAAUUAUGCAGCUGUGCAGUUUACCAAGACUAAAGCCAAAGCUGAAAGAAGGAAAGACGGCUCAUCAGAUAAUUGUGUAACAGAAGUAAUUUAUAACACAAUACGAUAACUUUGCAAAACAGAAAAAAUAA